UUUCCAUAACCGAAAAUGAGACUUUUUCUAUCGCUAAGUAUCUUUAGACAUACCAACUUAUUCUUCAUAAGAAGUUUCAUGAUCAUGUUGUCAAGCUUUCUAGCUAUUCAACUAAACCUCUGUUUUUCAAAUAUCCCAUCUUCAUUAACCACUCUAAGUGUCAAUGGACAUUUUAGUUUCAUCAACAAUGAAUUUGCAGCUAAAGAUUAUGGGAAACAGUUCCAAUUUCUACCCUUAGCAGUCUUGCACCCUAAAACAGUUUCUGAUAUAGCCACAACGGUUAGGCAUAUAUGGGAAUUGGGUCCGAGCUCAGAGCUCACGAUUGCAGCAAGAGGCCAUGGUCACUCCAUUCAAGGUCAAGCACAAGCUCACAGGGGAAUUGUAAUCAGCAUGGAAUCAUUAAAAACACCAAAAAUGCAUUUUGAAAUUGGCGAUUAUUCUUAUGUUGAUGUUUCUGGUGGGGAAUUGUGGAUAAAUAUCCUAAAAGAGAGCCUUAAACAUGGGUUGUCACCAAAAUCUUGGACGGAUUAUUUGCAUUUAACAGUCGGUGGUACUUUGUCCAAUGCGGGAAUUAGUGGACAAGCAUUUAGACAUGGUCCACAAAUCAGUAAUGUCCACCAGCUGGAAGUUGUUACAGGAAAGGGAGAGGUGGUGACUUGUUCAGAACAACAGAAUGCAGAUCUUUUUAGUGGUGUUCUUGGUGGACUUGGGCAGUACGGAAUAAUUACUCGAGCGAGAAUUUCACUGGAACCAGCUGCGCAAAUGGUAAAAUGGAUCAGAGUCUUAUAUUCCGAUUUCACAACAUUUACACAAGACCAGGAGCAAUUGAUUACUGCAGACAAAUCAUUUGAUUACAUCGAGGGACUUGUAGUUAUAAACCGAACAGGUCUCCUUAACAACUGGAGAUCAUCAUUUAAUCCAAAAUACAAUGAUCAAGCAAGCCAAUUCAAAUCAGAAGGAAAAACACUCUUUUGCCUUGAGUUAGCAAAAUACUUCAACCCUGGCAAGGGCGAUACAACUAAUGAGGAAAUUGAGAGCAUGCUAUCUGAGCUGAGUUAUAUACCAUCGACACAGUUCAUGACCGAAGUUACAUAUGUAGAGUUUCUCGACAGAGUUCAUACAGCAGAGAUUAAAUUACAAGAAAAGGGUUUAUGGGACGUGCCACACCCAUGGCUAAAUCUACUUGUUCCAAAAAGCAAUAUACACAAAUUUGCUGAUGAAGUUUUUGGAAAAAUUUUAGCAGAUACAAGCAAUGGCCCUGUCCUUGUUUACCCAGUUAAUAAAUCAAAAUGGAACAACAGUACUUCAGCAGUAUUGCCAGAAGAAGAUAUAUUCUACCUAGUGGCACUCCUAUCACAAGCGAAUCCUUUAUCCACAGGAAAAGAUGGUUUAGAACACAUAUUGACUCAGAAUAAAAGAGUACUAGACUUUUGCAAGAAAUCCCGCCUUGGUGUCAAACAAUAUUUACCACAUUAUGCCACACAAGAUGAGUGGCGGGCCCACUUUGGUCAACAGUGGGAGACCUUUCAACGGAGGAAAUUGGCUUAUGACCCUUUAGCAAUCCUUGCUCCUGGCCAGAGAAUUUUUCAAAAGGGAUCAUUAGACAUAUGACAAAAGUUACAACUAUUUUGAAAAGGCGAAAAUGACCCUUUCAAAGAUAUGUGUGGUGGUCAAGGAGUUGGAAGAGAGGAAAAAUAUAAUCAUGAGCUUCGGAUUCAGUUCACUUGCACAUGAUAGACCCGACUCUUAACAGAAGUUGACUUGAACUUUCCCUUUUCCUUUUUUGAGACUUCAACAAUUGAAAGUAGCUCUUUAGAAGAGUUUGAAAAUCCAAAGCUUCAAGUCAACUUCUUGGAAGAGUUGAACUUCAUUCUUUGAGCAUGUUGCGACACCUUCUUAGUAGCUAAACUCACAAAACAAGUGACUUUAUGGAUUCUAAUUGAUGUAAAUUAAGCAAAAAAAUUUAUUCCUAUUGUACUAUUUAUUAUAUGGUGUGAUGUAGUUAUCAAGUUCUUUGACUCCUUGUAAAUAAAUAUGUACAAUGCAACCAA